AUGUCCCUUAAAUGCCCGUUGAGGACACUCAAUUCCUCGCUGCGGAUAUCGCCUACCUCGGUAGCUCUGCGGAAUUCAGUCAGAUACGCCUCACUCACAGGAGCCAUCAAUCACGGGAUCCGCAAAUCGCAGGAUGUAGGGCAGUCUUCGAAUCCGUCUAACAACAGCCGCAUUCGUUCUCGCGAGCAAUCUGCGACUUCAUCUAACAAAAGCCGUGGUCGUUCUCGCGAGCAGUUUGCGACUUCAUUCAAUAGCAGCCGUGGUCGUUCUCGCGAGCAGUCUGCGACUUCAUCCAACAGCAGCCGUGGUCGUUCUCGCGAGCAGUCUCCGAAUUCAUUCAACAGCAGCCGUGGUCGUUCUCGCGAGCAGUCUGCGAAGUCGUUCAACAACAGUCACGGUCGUCCUGGGACUAAGGAGCAGCAAUUUAUGUCUCGACAUCCGCCGAGGGUCGAGUUCGAUGAAACCGAGUUCAUUCGGACUGGGAGCUUCAUGGCAUUGCCUCGUGAACACCAACGAUAUCGCAGUGCCCCGCAAGUAAAGAGCAAUAACUCGUCUCCAGAUUAUGUCCUAACACCUGAAGAUGAAAGAAAGCGGCGCUUGCGUCGGGUCGAACACCAUAAGUCUACAGAGACAAGGCCAGAACGAGUGAAGGAACAUGUUCGGCCGCCGCAGGAGAUCCCCUACACUACUCCUGCAUCCGAAUUUCUCUAUGGUACAACCGCCGUCGAAGCUGCGCUGCGUUGCAAGAAGCGCAAGGUGUACAAGCUCUACCUGUACCAGGGCUCUAACGAGGAGGAGUUGCGCCCUGAUAAGAUAGUAUUGCGAAAACUCGCUCUGUCAAUGAACAUCAGAGUCAAGUUGGUCUUUGCGGAAUGGGACCGAAUAUUAGAUAAGAUGAGCGCAGGACGACCCCAUAACGGCGUCAUCCUCGAAGUGUCUCCGCUGCCCCGGAUACCCAUCAAAGCUCUGAGACCCGUCCAACUACAGGACGACGAAUUCCGAGUGGAACUUGCGCCACAAACGGCCGAAGAAGCGGAGGUCAAUGGGACAGGCGACUGCAUCCCUAUCAAUCCUUUAUACACUCAGCAGCACAGACGAUACCCCGUGGUCGUGCUGUGCAAUGGCAUCGUUGACCAAGGAAACCUUGGAGCUAUCAUCCGCUCAGCCUACUACUUAGGGGUUGACGCCAUUGUCUUCGCCGGCCGGAACUCGGCGCCACUCUCCUCGAUUACGGUCAAGGCCUCCGCCGGCGCCGCCGAGAACAUGACCCUUCUCAACGUUGAGAACGAGGUGGACUUUAUCAAACAGUCCCAGGCCAACGGGUGGCGAUUCUAUGCUGCCGAUGCUCUCGAAACAGGUGCUACCUAUCUUGAGCCUGGCUCAAUUCAACCUCCAAGCCCGACAGCUGCGACUGGUGAAGAACACCCUGCCGGCCUCAUAGGGAGCUCACCGAGCGUCAUCAUGAUGGGCAACGAAGGAGCUGGACUCAGCCGACACGUGAAGGCGCAUGCCGAUGCCGUCGUCACCAUCCCCGGCGCCAGGUUUGUUUCUGGUUUGGGAACUACUGCUGAUCCGGCUCGAGUCGACAGUCUUAAUGUAGGCGUCGCUGCGACGCUGCUCAUGCAGAUCUUCCUCCGCAUCCCUCUAGGAGUGAGCACUGCACCAAAGAGGACGAAGGAUCCCGCUGUCAGCAAUCAGCAUAGCCGUUGA